UCUCCCAAACGCCGUGUGUGCGCCUCUUUCGGUGUUUCCUUGCUCACCAAGCCAUCGCCGCCUUCUUGGCUCGCCCACCAAUCUCCGGUCUCCGAUCGCCCGCCCCUCGCCCCUCGGUCAGCGAUGGACGAUAGCUGUGCGGUGUGUGCCGACGCCCUCGAGUGGGUGGCCUACGGGCCGUGCGGUCACCGGGAGGUUUGCUCCACCUGCGUCGUGCGCCUUCGGUUCGUCCUCGCCGACCGACGCUGUUGCAUCUGCAAGACCGAGUGCUCCUUUGUCUUCGUCACCAAGGCACUGGGCGAUUACACGAGGGUGGUAGCUGAUUUCUCAGUCUUCCCAGCUAGUCCAACAGAAGGGCAGGUGGGGCAAUAUUGGUUCCAUGAGGAUACACAGGCCUUUUUCGAUGAUGUGGAUCAUUACCGGAUGAUAAAGGCAAUGUGCCGGCUGUCUUGUAGCGUCUGUGACAAGAAUGCAGAGGUGCAAGGUGGCGAGAGUGCAAAGAGGAGGAUCAGAUUUAGGAGCAUAGAACAAUUAAAUGGGCAUUUGAGGCAUCAACACAACUUGUUUAUGUGCAAUCUAUGCUUGGAAGGAAGAAAGGUAUUCAUUUGCGAACAAAAGUUAUACACUAGAUCACAGCUAAAUCAACACAAAAGCACUGGUGAUUCUGAAGUGGAUGGCAAUGAGAGUGAACGUGGUGGCUUUAUGGGCCAUCCUACGUGUGAGUUCUGCAGAAACCGAUUUUAUGGAGAUAAUGAACUUUAUAUGCACAUGUCAACAGAGCACUAUACCUGCCACAUUUGUCAAAGGCAACAUCCUGGACAAUAUGAUUAUUUUAGAGAUUACAAUGACUUGGAGAUGCAUUUUCGCCAAGAGCAUUUCCUUUGUGAGAACGAGGCGUGUUUAGAGAAGAAGUUUGUUGUUUUUCAAACUGAAUCAGAGAUGAAGAGGCACAAUACUCUUGAGCAUGGGGGGCACAUGUCUCGUUCUAAGCGCAAUGCUGCACUCAGGAUACCAACUAGCUUCAGAUAUCGACGGAAUGAACAAGAACAACGCCGAGGAAGAGGUCACGGAUUUCGGCCUGAUCCUUCUGGUGACCAGCUAUCUAUGGCAAUACAAGCCAGCCUUGAAAUGGCUGUAGCUGAUGGGAGAUUUCAGGAUUCUUCUUUUGGUUCUCGUAUGAAUGCUGAGCAUGGGGAGACGAGGCGGGCUGAUGCAGUCAGGAAUUCAUCAGAAGUCUCAAAUGUUAGUGCAGGUUCAGAAGCACCUUUAAGUACUCCAUUGUCACUUAGCCAAAGCUCCAGGACAACACCAAUACUAGAAGAAUCGUCUUUCCCUCCCCUUGGUGAUAGAGAGUUACCAGAGCCUUCUUCUAGAUAUGCUCAAGCUCUCAGUCAAAACUCUAGAAAUGCAGUCAAACUUAGAGAAGAAUCAUUUCCUCCU